CAUAUGACACAACAGUAGCUGACUCUGGAUUUGCUGGGCGCUGUAGUUUUUUUUACCCAUCCCCGCUGUGUCUUUCUGUACUCGAAUUUUACACUAAGAACCACAUCUCCCUGCCUUGCUUGCGACGCCGCCUGUAGGUCCUCCCAGUCUUCCUGUUUUAGGGCGGCCAGUUCAAGUUGCCAUAGCUGCAGUAAUAGAAAGUGAAAUAGCAGUUGCAGAUAAAAUGAUGUGAUUUGAGUUAAUGUGAGUUUGUUACAAACAGCAAUCACACCCAUGGCAGAGUCUUCGAGUGAUUCCGAUACUUACCAUAGAAAUCGGGGAAACCGCCCAGGACCGGUUCGAGCCACACAUUUUGGCCCCCAAAGAAGAAGCAGAAUAAAUUCGUCUGGAGACAUUUCUGGGAAAAUUGAAACUUUGGCAAGCACUUUGCAGGAUACAAGUCGAAAUCUUACUUAUGUUGAUCGGAUGUUGGGCCAAUAUAGAGAGCACACAGGGGAUCAAGCAGAAGCAAUGACAACACUGAGAGACAAUUUAGAAGAGUCUAUACACCAGCUAAGACGCCAGCGAUUACGGAGAAACUCCGGAUCAACUUUACAUACAAGUGACUUAGAUGGCGGAUCAGCUUCUGGCAAAGCAAAUGUAAUUGCUUUCUGUGUUUGUUUCAUAGAAAGUCGUCAUUACCGGCCUACCUCACCUCUCCGGGACUAUAGGGAUUCGAAUGGCACCAGAAGACGGUCAAGGUCUGCGACCGUGCGAUUUGUGGAUGAAAUGGACCCACCUGAGCAUGCGCAUUCAUUACACCAGUCUCUUCGAGACCUCAGCAGUGAUCAGCUGCGAAUUGGAGACGACAUUGACAGAGAGAUUGUCAGGAGAAAUAGGACUGAGAUUGAAACUAAAAGAACUUUGGAGGAUUUGUCUAGCCGACUCCGAGAAUCACAGAGGGCAGAAGCUGUAUCCGAACGAGUGGAAAGGCGUCUACAGGAGAUAGAGAGAGAAAUGCGUACUGAGCGACAACAUGGAGAGAGACGUCAGGAUCAGCUUGGACACGUGUCACUGCAGCUACAGGAGGCUUUGAAAAAACAUGAAGUGAAAGGCAGUGAAAUGGAGGAGGUGAUGAAGAGCAAGCUUUUGAAAACGGAAUGUGAAAAGAGCCAGAUUGAACAAGAGCUGGAGCGAACUCGGAGACGACUGGACCAGUCUGAAGGGGGUCGGGACACUCUUCUUCAACAGGUCGAUGACCUACGCACACAGCUUUUGAAAACCGAGCAAGAUCGCCUGGACAUGCAGCAGCAGAUUUCUCAGAUUGCUCUUCUCCAGAGAAGUCGUAAUGAAGAGGAGGAGGAUCAAAGGAUGCUAAGAGCAGUGACUGAUCGAUCUGACCGUGAGAAGCAAGAGUUGGAAAAACAGAUACAAGAACUGAGGUUGCAGCUCAGUCAAAAUGUUGUCAUGUCUGAAGUACAGGAACUGAAAAGAUGCAUUGAGCGUAAAGAGAGGGAGAAAGCUCAACUCUCUGCACAUAUCGAGAUGCUGUCAUCAGACCUUGACAAGAGGGAGAAACAGCAGCUGAGGAUGCUUGAUCAGCUGAAAGAAAUCCAGAACCGUUACGAAGACUGUGAGACGGACCGAAAGCGCAUGGAGCUCCAGAUUGAGGAUUUGGACACUCAAUUGAAGGACUGUGGCAGGGAGGCUGAGAAGCAUGUGAACCAGCUUAAACAGGCCGAACUCCUGAAGGAGGAGAGUGACAAAAAGAAGGAAGAACUGAAAGCUAAAGCCCAGGAGACCAUCAGGCUCUGGAAACUAAAGUGUAAGAAACUUGAACGUGAUCUGGAGAAGCAGAACGAGAUGGCAGAACUAACAAUGGACAAAAACAAGCAGGUGACCAAAGAAAAGGAAACUCUACAAGGGCAGCUCCACUCAGUCAUGCUACAGAUGGAGAACCUUCGCAAGGAGCUGAGUGACGUCAUCUCAAAACUGGCACAAAAAGAAGAGGACAUUCGCCGUAAAGAUGUUGAACUCAAUGAGACAAAAUCUCAGCAUAUGGACUUGGAGCAUGAGAUUAGAGAGGUGCGGGAAGUUGCCAGCAAGCUCGAGAACGAGGUUCAAAACCAGAACCUGUUGCAUUCACAACUGAAGAGCGAUAACCAGGCACUGGAGAGUGAGGUUCUUGUGUUAAGCAGGAAAACUGAAAAGGAUCGGGGGAAGCUGCUUGAGAUGCAAGGAGAGAUUAAACACCUGAGUGCCAUUCGGGCUGAGUUGACCAACAGACUUUCUGAUGAGGAAAUAGCCAGGAAAGAGUUGAAGAAAGGCCUUGCUGACCUCCAAAGCGCAUAUGACUCUGGACAAGAGGAACUGCUCUCUGUGGGCAGACAGAUCAAACUCGAAAGGGAUCUGCAUCAUAGAGAACUGGCAGGUCUCAGAUCAGAGAUGGAAAAUUUGAAAACGAAACAUGAAAAGAAUAUCCAGGAGGCUGUCCGGCUUUUUAGACAAGAAAGGGAUGAGCAGGAAAACCACAUAAGAACUUUCAAGGCUGAAGCAACAGAGGACAAAAACUUAGUUAAAGCACAGCGUCGGCAGCUGGAAAAGAUGAAGAUUGAAUGUGACAAACUGACAGAGGAAUUAACCCAGAGUGAAGAGGAAAGCACUAAGCACAAGAGGAAGUACCAGCUGCUGAAGCAGGAGCUAGAAGAAAAGGGGAAAAUGGUCACCAGUGGUGGUGAGCGCCUGAAACGCAUGGAUGGAACAAUUGUGGAACUCCAGGAGCAACUUGGUUUAAUGAAAAUGGACCAAGAGUCCAUACUUUGCACAAUAGGAAUUGAAAUUGACUCUGCAUGUGAAGCCUUUUCAAGGGACUCGGAUGAACAAUUCAAAGCAAUAUCCCUUACACCUGGCUUGCAGAAGGACCCUCAUCGCUGGCUGGCUGAAAUGAAGACAAAGCUGCAGUGGUUGUGUGAGGAGGCGAAGGAGAGAGAGGGGCAAGAAAAGAGGCUGCGACGUCAUCUCCAGCAGAGCCGGGAGCAGCUCAAGGGCCUCAAACAGAGUAAUGAAUCAGAGCGGCAACUUCUGAUUGGGCAAAUCACAAAGCAGGAGCAGCUACUUGAAGAGAUUCACAGAGAAAAGAGAGAUUUACUCGAGAAGACACGUGGAAAAGAUGAAGAGAUGAGACAACUUCAGGACCGAAUUGUGGAGUUAGAAAUGAGUACCCGGUUAGCUCUGGACCAUCUGGAAUCUGUUCCUGAAAAGCUCAAUCUGUUAGAAGACUUCAGAGACCUGGAAGAUUCACAGAGACAGAGGGAGAUGAUCGAGCAGAGAUAUGCUAAAUAUAAAGAAAUUGUUGGCACUUUGCAACAUCAGUUGGAGGAAUCAAAAAGAAGAAUCCAGGAAUAUAGGGACGUGAAGAUGGAUGCAACAUCUCAAAGUGCCCGUCUUGCCACUCUCUCUUCUUCAAUACGAGGACAAAAUAGCUUCCUGUCCAGCUCCCUUCUUACAGACAACACCUCACCACACAAAAGAAUGGCUUCACCUGAUUUUGAAACCAGCCAGGACAACUGUUUGACUAAUGGAACAACAUCUCAUAAAGACCAAAAGGAGAUUUAGUAUAAAAAGCCUUUUUAAUAAUUUAAAUGAUAGCUACAAUAUUUAUACUACAUUGUAUUUGAACUUUUUUAUUUAACCAAAAUGCAGAAGACUAAUGCCACAGUGCCUUGUUUUUUACAUAUAUAUUUUAUAUUCAAUUUUUUGCUACAAAGAAACAUUAUACAGUUAUAUGACAAAUUGCCUUUUUACAGUAAUGACCAGGCACGAAAACAAACACUGACUUGAUAGUUUUAUAACAUUUUUUUCUUGUAGAAAUGCUAAAAGAAAUAGAUUAAAGUAAUAGAUUAAAAUGUUUGAAGACUUCUUGCCAAUACAUUUGUCAUUGAAUUUAUUACAUUACCUGUAUGUUUCAUUUAGUAGUUCUGAAUUUAGCACUAUUGCAUUAUGAAUGGUAUUUAUUACUUGAAAAUCAACUGUUAUAAAAUGAAGUCACCUCAAGUAAUGCCUCUGGCAUUACUCUUUAUUGAAAUCGUGCUUCCAUAUUUUAUGUGAUGAUUAUGCUAUUUCCAUAAUUGGGUGUAUUAAGAGAGAUGUUUUUACAGUUUAACUUCACUGGCAUUUACUGUUUUUUACUUAAAUCAGAUUAAUGAUUUUAUAUUGGGUUUAUUUGUGUUUAUUUUCUAAAUCCAGAAGCAUUUGAAAAUUCAGUAAAUGUGUUUAUUUAUUGUAGUGUUUAUAAUGCUCUGAUUCCUGCUCCAAAGACAACCGAUUUUACUGUCUGUAAAAUGUAUGCUAUCAUGGGGAUUGAUUUGAAAUUUGUAUUACGUUUGGUCAUGUGAAAUGAACUUCCUUAGUUUCAUCUU